GCAGCAGGCCUUCAGUCAGGAGAGAGCAAAGGCCCAGGAAAGAGCUGAAAGAACCAAACCAUCAAGAACCUCUUCAAAGAAUCUGCAGAAGAACAUCUUCCAUCUACCUUCUACCUUCACUACUCACUUCCAACCAGCGCUUCAGGACCACCAGUGCAGACCAGACCAAAGAAAGAAGCCACAAGAGGACCAAAACCAGAAAAGCCACCAGGACCAGCACAAGUUAUCUGUCCACUUGAUCCGAAACAAUGCGAAGAGCAAUGUUCAGAACGGCGCUCAUCUCCAUCUCACUCUUCUAUCUUUUAUCGACAAGCCAAACGUGGGCUGAAAAGCGCCCGGCUCCUCCGAAAACGUCAAAGACACAGUGCUGCGACGAGGUGCGCUCCUUGAAAGUGCAGGUGGCCAACCUGACCAGCCUGGUGGAGGACUUGACGAAAAAGCAAGACUCAGACUUGAUGAAACUGGUGAGGCAAGUGAUGGAUCUGGAGAAGCGUAACCAGCAGCAGGAGGCCCGGGUGACGGAGGCAGAGAGCAAAUACUCUGAAAUCCACAACCGUGUGGAGAUCAUGCAGCUUCAAGGCGCACAAUCUGCUACACACACUACUUCAGAUGCCAUCUACGACUGUGCAUCCCUGUACAACAGAAAUUACCGAAUCUCUGGAGAGUACAAGCUGCCCAAAGAUGAGUUCCUGGGAACACCUGAACUGGAUGUCUAUUGCGAUAUGGAGAAGAACGGAGGUGGCUGGACCAUCAUCCAGAGGCGCAGGGUUGGCCUGACCAGCUUCGACCGAGACUGGAAGCAGUACAGGAACGGUUUCGGAACAAUCCGUGGGGACUUCUGGCUCGGCAACGAACACAUCUUCCGUCUGACCAGGCAGCCAACAGUGCUCAGGAUAGAGCUGGAGGACUGGGAAGGUGCGAUCCGCUAUGCAGAGUAUGGCUUCUUCACACUGAGCAAUGAGCUCAACAGCUACAAGCUCCUUAUCGCCAACUACAGUGGCAACGCUGGUGACUCGCUCCGCUACCACAACAACACCAACUUCAGCACCAAGAACAAGGACAAUGACAAGUGUGUGGAUGACUGUGCUCAACUUCGCAAAGGUGGCUACUGGUACAACUGCUGCACUGACUCAAACCUGAACGGUGUGUUCUACCGCUACGGGUCACACACCAAGAGCAGUGAUGGCAUCACCUGGUACGGCAUGCAUGGACCAAACUACUCCCUCAAACGGGUAGAGAUGAAGAUACGACCCCAGAACUUCACUCCUUAAAGACUAUCAAAAUUAAAAAUAAACACCCCGGCUUGACAUAACCACCUACAAACCACGUGCAGCACACACUAAUUCAUGCAUCUGUACUUAGAAAAACAUUUCUAUGCAAUCGUAUUUCAGAGAGUUUCUGGACUGAAUGUGUGACGAGUAUGUAUGAUUGUAAAUUGUAGUUGUCUUGAUAUUUAUCUCAAAUAUUUUAUUUUCUUUAUGCUUUUGUGCCACUAACUGAUGAGGUAACCAAGGACUUUGCUCUUGUCUUAUUUUUGGCAUCAGUUAGAAAACAACAGAACAUA